AUGAACACAAACUACCCUCCAUCUCGUCUUCAAGUAUCAAGUUUGUCAUGUAAAAAUAAGUGUGGCUUUUAUGGGAAUCCUUCAUGGGAUGGAUAUUGUUCCGUGUGCUAUCGCAACGCUCAUCAAAGACAAUCGAAUUUUCGUCAGGCUUCCUCCACUUCAUCACUUUCAACUCCAAAUUCAGAAGUAGAGGUUAAACCUAAACAUAGCACUGGAAGGAAUACAACUUCUAUCAAAAAUAUAUUUAAGGUUCCUCGAGAUGAUAACCGGGACCAAAUUUCAGUGAACCCAGAAGAGUGUUUACAAGCCGAAAAAGAAUUUAAAACAUUUCUAAACACCCUUCGAGCCUCUGCAAAUGCCGACAUUUCCCGCCAUGUUUCAAAGCUUAUGGAACAGUUGGAGCCUAUUCGAAGUUCAAAUAUUAAUCAAGCCUCAAUGAUUGUGCAAGACUUUUAUCACAACCUUUCAAACCGUAUUUCAAAUAAUCCUAUGUAUUCAAAUUUGUCACCAAAAACCAAAGAAUCUGUUUUAAACUCAGUUGAACGUUUCGUUACAACUUGGAUUUAUUUUUGGGCUUUUGCUUCACCUACAACGGAUGAUGAAGAAAUAGAUUUGAAAUUACAGGAAAAAAUUCGAUCAUUGCAUUGGGUAACUCCCUACUUGCUUGAUUCACCGAUUAAUCCUAAUUCGUCAGAGGAACUUGCCCAUUUAGAUCUAGCAACAUUUGCUCUUAUCAAAGUGAAUACAUUACUUGCAUCUGAAGAUAAAUUAAAUCAAAUAGUUCAAUGUUGUCGUAGUGUAUUCGAUGCAUUAAGAGCUCACUAUCGAAAUUAUGCCGCUAUAACACAACAAUAUUUAUCUAACAACGAUAAUAAUGAUAAAAGCCCAACACCUGAUUAUAUUCCUAGUCAAAAUGAAAAUAACAAUUCAACUCAUGUACAAAAUAAUGUCAUGAAUAACUCUGUGAAUAUAACUAAUAAUGUUGUAUUUGAACAAGAAGAUACCGCUAAUGCUGACGAUUUUUUACCGACACUAAUUUGGAUUGUACUGAAUUCAAAUCCACCAUUAAUCUAUUCUAAUUUACAAUUUAUUAUGAGAUUUGCUAAUCAGAAUAGACUGAAUAGUGGUGAAGCUGGUUAUUUCUUCACGAAUUUAUCGUGUGCUGUUCACUUCCUGAGAAAUCUAACUCAUGAGUCAUUAAGUUUAUCCGAGGAAGAUUUUAGUCGAUGUAUGCGAAAAGGUUUAUUAUUAAUCAGACGUCCUGGUGAACCAUUAUCAGAAAACGAAAAAUUAUUAAUGGAUAAUGGAAUUCGUCUUGCGGAUUUAGAAGAUAGUCUAAAUGAUUUAAAUACAAAAUUAGAAUCAGCUGAAUUGGAUAUGAAACGAUUUCAUGAAUAUUUUCAUCAUGAAAUAAAACAAAUACGAACAAAUAUUCCAUUGAAUGUACGUAUAGAUGAUUUAGAUUCACGUCAUUUAGAAAAUCCACAUAUUUUAUUAUUAGGUCCAUUAUGUAAAUCAAAUCGGCAAAAUGAGUCAUUACUAGACUGUGAUUUGGAUGAGGCUACAAAUCGUCUAUUACCAGAUCCCAUACAACCGACUCCAUAUGUUGCUGUUGAUCAUUGUAAAAAAAGUGUAUAA